UCAACACCAACAGCCCUCAUUUCUCGCGCAAUACAUCCAGAUACCAUGGCCGAAACUUCUGUCCUUUCGGGCCCAGAGAUUCCCUUUAGUCUGGAAGAGAUAGAGAAGUUGGUCAAGACUAUGUACGAUCCUGGAAACGCAAAGAAGAUUACCGAGACCGAAGCCACAUUGCGCGUGCUGCAGCGCUCGCCCCAGGGUUGGGAGAUCGGCGAUGCUUUGUUGAACAGCACCGACGAGAAUGUUCGCUUCUUCGGAGCCAUAACUCUCACUAUCAAGCUCAAUGCGGAUUCUGCUGGACUUACCGAGGUAGAGGGUCGUCAACUCCUCUCCAAACUCAUCCAACACCUCGUCACUCACCCCCGGGCGUCCCCGUCCACUCGGAAACUUUCUUCCACACUCGCCCAAUUAUUCACCAAGCCUAUUUCCUCAUGGACCAAUUGCAUACGCAGUCUGGCGGUAUCGUUCGCAUUACAGCAACCAGUAUUAGACGAAGGGCUCGACAGUCGCCCUUCUACUUGGGAUGUCCUUCCUCAGUUGCCCGAUGAGCAACUGCUCAUCUUACUCGAUUUCGCUAUGAAUUUGGCAGAUGAGACCAAGAAGCUGUCCAAUGCGCCCGACAGGACUCCCCACGAGCGUAUGUUUCUCAAUGUUGAAAGCAUCGAGGUUCUGCUUCAAGUUUCUUUCGGGCGAGGUAUCAAAUACCUUGCUACUUUGCACAGUGAAUCUCAAGAAAAAGAUAUGUCCGCGCUGGGCGAACAGCUUUGUGGAGCGUCCCUGAAAUGCUUUGUGGGCUGGAUAUUCUACGCGCAAUCCGAAUUCAAGGCAUUCCCGGAGAAGCUGAAGUAUCUUCGCUCAGUCAACGAGCUGGCCUUCUCUUGUCUCGAAUAUCAUGUAGAUGAUGCAAUGGAUUUUGUGGCUGAGGUACUUGAAUCAUAUCCAAAAUUCUUUGAGGAUAGACAUCGGGAAAUGCUCUGGUCAGCAAUCACUAGCCAGUGGGGUAGGGAUAUUCUCAAGGAUUGUGACGCCGAAACUGUGUCUCUCGCGCGGAUCAUCGUAGCAUAUGCUUCUGAGCUUGUUGAAUCUAAAAAGCUAUAUCGCGAGCCAGAUAAUCCACAGCACCAGCAGGUUCUAUUGAUCUGCCAUGAUCUGCUCAAAUAUCCGGACCCUGUGGCCGUGGAUGACGAGGUAGCAUUGAUCGUGCUAGAGUUCUGGAGCGUCUAUGUCACGACAAUCGCGGAAGAGUUCAUCAUCUUAGGCUCUGACAUUCCUUAUCGGAUAGGCUCUGCCAGGAACCAUAUCUUCCAGGCGAUAUCCGAGUUACUGAGAAAGAUUGUAUACCCCCCCUCCGACGUUACUAAAACGUGGGACGCUGAUGCAAAGAAAACAUUCAAAGUCUUUCGAAUGGAUGUCCGGGAUAUUAUCACGGAAGCUUUUGAGCUACUGCGUGAUGAUUUGACUGAACAGUUCAUCAGUUUCGCUGUUAAUGCCUUCGAAACCAAUCAAUGGUUAGAGUUGGAAGCUGCCCUCUUUUCUUUAAUGUCGCUAUCUGAGGGAUUGACAAAUGUCGAUGGAAUGCUCACAGUCCUUUUCGAACGACCGCUUUUCGAGACCAUUUCCCAAAACGACAAUAUUCCAGCCGUCAUGCGAAGGUCUGCUGUUGAACUCGUCUCUUCUCUGAACCAUUUUUUCUUACGAAACCCACGAUUCCUCCCUCAAGUACUACCGUUCCUCCUGAACGCAUUAGCACAACCUUCACUGGCGUAUGGAGCCGCCAAAUCCUUUGCCUCCUUGUGUUCAGAGUGCAGAAAGUCAUUGACCAGCGAACUUGGGUCGUUUUUUCAAAUGUACGAACAAUUCUUGACAUAUCCGACAGCCGAGGAACAUACCAAAAGCAAAAUCCUCGAAGGUAUAGCCGCUAUUGUGCAAGCAGAGGACACUGAGCAAAAGCAAUUGGCUGGUGUGCAAUCCAUCUUUCGCUACAUUACGAAUGAUGCAGAUCGGGCGAUCAGUUUCGCAAGUGAGACGAAUGGUCCAGAGGAAGGACAGGUUCUGGCAAUGUCAACCCUCAAAUGUCUCUCUAGCGUGGGGAAGGCGCUUCAGGCUUCUGAAGAUGUUGUCGAUCUCAGUCAGACCGAAAACCAAUCGACGUUUUGGACUGAAGGCCCGGGGAAAGCCAUCCAGGACCAAAUCGUCAACCUCAUCAAUUAUAUGACACAAAUCUUCCCACAGAAUGAUGAGAUCAUAGAGUCUUCCUGCAAUGUUCUUCGCUCUGGAUUCAAGGAAAUUGGACCUGGCCCAUUCGUACUGCCCCCGGCCGCAGCAGUUGAUUACAUUACCAGGACGAAUGUCAACACCCCAAGAUUGACCUAUGUGUUGGAAACAGCUUGUUGCUGGGUGUCGUCCCACAAGGGAUCCAAAGAAUUCGAGCUCCAGGCCCAACGCCUCCUUCAUUACGACCUCAGCAUCAUGCAAGCUCUGCAGCAUCCACGCAACGACCCCGAGAUCUCUGUUGGUUGUAUUGAGCUUAUACAGUCUUUCUUUAAGCAGAAUGCAAACAUCCUCAAAAACGAACAUCCGGAUGUGUUAAAAGACACCUUUGGGUUUUCAGUAGAAUGUAUCAAGUCACCUGAAGUAUUGCCAAAACGUGCAGCGGCCGCUCUAUGGAAAGACAUUUUCGAGAAGACAGGCAGCGCUGGGAGUGUGGACCAAAGCACAUGCCAGGAAAUCGUGGAUCAUUUCGGACAAAGUGUGACUUUCGUUUUGAUCGGAAACAUCUGCGGGGAAGUUGAUGCGUCAAGUCUGGACAACAUCAUUGCACCGUUACGGAAACUCAUCACGAAUCAAAGGCUCAGCAGGCAGUACAUCACGACUGCCUUGGCAGAAACGCCUGUGCUAGCUAAGGCACAAGCGGCCGAAGGAGUGCAAGAUAUGGUGAGGAAGUUUGUAGAAAGUCUCAUGCGGAACGCCAAAAAUGCGAAUGCUUGCAAGGAAGCCAUCAGGCCAUUUUGGCAGAGUUGCAAGCAGCUACAUCUGCAAUUCGCACCGCAGACAGCUCACCAUGCCCACCGGUUCAACUAUCAGUAG